AUGAACUCUCUGAAUGAUGAUCGAGUACGUCCUCAUAUGGUUGAAACUUCAAAUGAAGUACGCCGGGAGUUUGGCCUAGUAGACCAGAAGUGGGUCGCCGAUGGAAAUGAGGCAGUCUAUGUCCAAUAUUGGUUGGAUCAAUGGUUCCCAAACCGGCUUCAGCAUAUUGGAACAACAAAUAUCAACCGGGCCACGGGCCAGAUAGCUGACAUGACGGGAUCCAAUGUCACACCUACUAUCGAGGCUCAAGUCGGAUGUAAAGAUUGA